AUGGCCCCUGCCAGCCUUGUGUGGCCCACAGCAGGCGUCUUAUGGGCACCGUGGGCGCUGCUGCUGGUACUCCUGUUUUCUUGGAGGCUGUGGGCAAUUCAGGAUGAUUUCCAGCAAUGCACCUGGCAGGUGGUCCUAAACAAGUUCCACCAAGUCGGGGAGGCUACCUCCACUGUCCGCUUCUUUGCACAAGAGCCCGAAGACACGGUGGCCAACGUGUUCAACUUGCUAACUGACUCACCCAUUGACCCCACUGAGAAAUACCUGGGCUUCCCUUACUAUCUGAAGGUCAACUACUCCUGUAAAAAAGAGCCUUCGGAUGACCUGGUCCGCAGGGCCCACCUGAUGGGGAUGAAGCCUCUGGUGCUGGUCACCUUCCAUUCCCCGAUCAAUUUCUACCGCUGGAAGAUAGAACAGUUGCAGAUCCAGAUGGAGGCGGCCCCCUUCCGCAACAAAGAAACAUGUUUGGCCAGCGAGGUGUGUGGCAUGAGCUGGUACACACCCAUGCCACUCAAGAAUGGCAGUGCUGUCAUGCGAGUGGAUGUCGACAGUAACGGGCUAGGGCCCUUCAUUCCUCCCAAAAGCUUCUACAUGAAUAUCAAUGGUUUCCUGAAGUCAGAGAAGAACAAUCUACAGUUCACUAUAGGAGAUGAGCUCUUUUACAUGAUGCCCUGGCACUUUGAGAAUGUCUCGUCGAGGCCUCUGAGGUGCACCCUGGGCCACUCACCCGUGCUUAUCCUGGGUGGCAUUCCCAACGAGAAAAUCAUCCUGAUAACAGACACCAACUUCGAGGAUGUCUCCCUCGUAGAGCUGAGCAUUGACAGUUGCUGGGUGGGCUCCCACUACUGCCCUCAGACCGGCUUCUCGGCCACCAUCCACGAUGCUAUCGCCACUGAAACCACUCUGUUCAUACGGCAGAACCAGCUGGUCUACUAUUUUACAGGAAACUAUCACACAGUCAUGGAUAAAAAACACAAAAGCAGCAGCUGGGUUCGAGUCCUGGCCAACGAAUGCAUCAGUAAGCUGUGCCCAGUGCAUUUCGACAGCAAUGGCUCCGAGUACGUUAUUGCCCUGACCAUGGGCAAGCAUGAGGGUUAUGUUCACGUUAUGACUAUCAGAGAUGGUGAGGUGUUCUUCCAGAUGUAUCCCAAGCAGUGGUCAGUGUGCGAAAAGACAAAUGUUGCCAAGUGCUCCAUUAUCUGGGCGGCCAUGAUAUCUGCCGAGUUCAUCAUAAGGCUGUUGGUGCAGAACACAGAUCCGGACUCCAACAAGAAAUACUACACCAUGUCCAGCUAUAACAUGCUAAAGGAUGAGCUAGAAGUCCUCUACAACUUCCCAGAGUUCGUCCCUGAUGCUAGGGGCUUGGAGUUCCUCAUGAUGCUGGGGUCAGAGGCCUACACCAACACGCCCAUGAUCCCCAGGGGCAUGCUGUUUAACACCUUCAACAAUCUGCUGUUCCUCUGGGGGAACUUCCUUCUGCAGAGCUACAAUAAUGAAAACUUCAUCUACCUGGCGGAUUUUCCCAAGGAGUUAUUCAUCAAAUUCCUGGUCAACUCAUUCCAAGGGGACCUGGUGAUGGUCACAGACACAGAGGAGGUCUGGUACCUGCACGAAGGCAGCUACACAGUGUACAGGCUGCUCCCAUCCAGGGGCUGGGACAUGUACGUCAGCCUGCAAAACAUGCAUCACUCCUCACUCUUUGCCCCUGAGGAAACCAUGAUCACCCUGUUUUACGAACGGGGCCUGCUGUACCAGAUUGCAUACAUUAAAACUGAGAAUAAGGGCCGCAUAAUAAAGCGGCUGAUUCCUGUGGAGAAGCUGCUGAUGUACCAGCGGACAGAACACCAACUGCAGCGACAGGGGGGCCACCUGAAGCUCUCCUUCAUCGACUUCUGUCCCUUCGUGGUGAUGCGCUUGCAGGAUGUGCCCAACCCACAGGCCUACACGCGGGAGGAGCGCUACCUAGCUCGGCCACCGCUUGUCAUGGAUCCCUCGGGCUUCCACAAUGAGAAGUCACUGGCAGUCUAUCAAGGCCUGGUCUACUACCUGCUCUGGCUGCACUCCAAAUAUGACAAGCCUUACGCAGAUCCCGAGCAUGACCCCACCUGGCGCUGGUGGAAAAACAAGAAGCAAGAUGAGGAUUAUUACUUCUACAUGGCAAGCAACUGGCGCAGUGCAGGCGGCGUCCACAUUGACAUGGAGAGCUACGAGAAGAUUUAUAACCUCAGGCCAAAUCAUCAGCUGCCGGAGCGCAUCUUCCUGGACAAGGGCACCACCUACACCUUCAGCAUCUUCCUCACGGCGCAGGGAGACUCCUUCUCAAUGCCAUCUGACCUGGAUGUGGCCUUUCAGGUGCAGAGCAAGCUGGCGUUGGGCGUGGUAGUGGCAGAUCCAUUGUGCAUCCAGGCCCUGGUGCAGCAGAAGGUCCUGGUUAAUCGAAACUCUGUGCAAUUCUUGAUAACACUUAUGGACAGAAGGCACUGCUAUGAUCAAGGCAUUAGUGGACAUCACCUCAUGAAAACUUCCAUGAUGAUCCAGGUGUUGGGAUCUUCCGGUUACUGCUUCCAUAACACAAACCAGGGGCUGAUCAUGCAAGGCGACCUGAUGGUGCCAGUAUUUAUUGGCUGCCCCCCAGGCAAGCGCUUAGCCUUUGAUAUCACCUAUACUCUGGAAUACAACCGCCAGCAGAACAAACACUACUUUGACUGUGUGUUCAGUGACCCUGAGAUGCCCUGCUUUCUCUUCCGUGACAUGUUCUACCCCUUCUUCCUGAUUCAAGAUUUGGUGACGGGAGACUCGGGCAGUUUCAAUGGCAGCUACGUGAUGAAGGUUGUGGGUGGCGGGUCCUCAAUGGACAACGUCAGGGACUACAGCGAUGAGGAAAUCUACCGCUACAACAGUCCCCUGGACAAGACUGACAGCCUCAUUUGGAACACAAGGACUGAAAGGACCACAGAAGACAUGGCCUUCCACAUCUUGUCCCACAAGAGCUUGGGCAUCGAGUGGCUGUGUCUACAGAACUCCCCAUGUCAUGACAUCAUUCCCUCAAGCAUCUUUCCCCCUGAAUUCUACUUCAAGGUGUUGGUGAGCAACAGAGAUGUAGACUCGAGCACAUACUGUGACUACCAGCUCACCUUCUGGCUACACAUCCACGGGCUCCCACUCAGCAACAAGCGGGCCCUCUUCAUCGUCAUGGUGUCGGUCAGCAGUUUUAUGGGCCUGGUGAUCUUGCACCUCGCCUUCUCCCUCCUGUGGCCCUACAUGGUGAUUGCCUGGAACUCACUGCGCUGGAAGAUCAACAAUGUAAUGACCUCAGAGUCCUACUAUACCUAUGCCACCUCCACGGCCAUGUUCAGCAUGGCCUCCCAGAUGAGCUUCCCGGAGAGCUACAGGGCCCCCUCCAAAGUGUUCCAGGAAAAGGAGGAACCUGAGCCAACCUCUGGGAUGAAGUCAUAG